CGAAGCAGCAGCAGCAGAAUAAUGGCAGGAACUUCUCGGCAUGACCGGGAGAUGGCAAUAAACGCUAAAAAGCAGCUUACUGCGUGCACGGACCCGUUGGAGCGGCUGCGGCUGCAGUGUCUGACGCGUGGAUCAGCGGGGAUUAAAGGCCUCAGCAGAGCUUUUCGCAUUAUGGAUGACGACAACAGCCGAACACUGGACCUGAAGGAGUUCAUGAAGGGUCUGAACGACUAUGGCGUUCUCAUAGAGAAAGACGAGGCCACUGCACUUUUUCAGCAAUUUGACAGGGAUGGAAGUGGACAGAUUGACUUUGAUGAGUUUCUCCUCCUUCUCAGGCCACCAAUGUCCAACGCGAGAAAGGAGGUGGUCAUGCAGGCUUUCAGAAAGUUGGACAAGACUGGUGAUGGCGUGAUCACCAUUGAAGAUCUGCAAGGAGUGUAUAAUGUAAAACAUCACCCUAAAUAUCAGAAUGGGGAAUGGACUGAGGAGCAGAUCUUCCGCAAAUUCUUGGAAAACUUUGAUUCCCCAGAUGAUAAGGAUGGCAAGGUAACUAAAGAGGAGUUUUUAAAUUACUACGCUGGUGUGAGUGCCUCUAUUGACACUGACAUCUACUUUAUUAUGAUGAUGAAAAAUGCCUGGAAACUUUAAACUGACGUCUUCAAAUGUCUGUCCCAGGGUUACAAAAGAGGAGUUUGUCAACUAUUACAGUGGAGUGAGUGCAUCCAUCGACAGCGAUGUCUACUUUAUUCUGAUGAUGAAGACGGCAUGGAAGCUAUAAGUUUUCUAAUCUUAUUUUACAUAAUUUAUAACAUCUGAACAUUUCACUGUGCUUUUGACAUUUUAGGAAGCCCCGAUUGUAUAGAAUAGUCACUUUUGUGAUAUUUGGGAAUCAUCAAGAUUUUGACCUUUGAUUUCUCUUUUGAGUAUUCACAGUUUUGGUUCUUGUAUUAGUAAAGCUCCGUCGAGCUGGUUUAAUACUGUUCACAGAAAAAGCAGUGGGUGCAGAGAUAGACAGAUAGACUUUAACACACUCACGGCUACUACCAAUUUAGCAAAGCCGAUCUAUCCACUGGUGUUUUUUUGUGGAGGAAGGAAACCAGAGAAUCCUGAAGAAACCCAUGAGGUAAAACUUAGAUUGAGGUGUGCUUGACAUUUGCAAUAAUACAAAAAAAAAGUACAGAAUACAAUUAAACAUGCAAUUAGUUACUUUUAAAUGUAUUCCCAAAUCUACAGAAAGUCCGAAAAGUCAGGAACCAAUGAGAUUAUGUCAUUGGAUCAUGGCAUUUUGGCCACCCUUUAUAGUGAUCAACACUACAGCUCAUAAUCUGCUAUUUUGUCACAUGAUGGUCCAGGCUUGCUUCAGGCUUCAGUUACAUUAUUUCUGGGACAGAACUUAGCUGAACCCCCCCACACAC